UGGCAAGUGAUCGGCAGUGACCACCGGACAGCUUGCACUACCUAUUGUUCCAUUCUUCCUGUGCAUCUCUUUUCGACAAGAAGGCAAUAUCAGUGUGUUGUGGCGUCCUCAGACUUUAUUUUAUUCGUUGCGAUUAUUAAAUUCCUUCUAUUGUGUUCCGCCUGUGUUUCGUCCCAAAAAGAAUGUAUGAAUCUCGUGCUUCAGCAUCGGUGUCCGCCUGUGCACCGUCACCUAAAAUAUCGGUAUUUUCCCCAGAAGCGCUGGAUGCUCAGGAUAUCUCGUUCGAGGCGUACAAACAGGCAAAAUGUUCCAACACUCGAAAGCGUAGCUUUUCACCCAUGAGGAAUAUGAGAUCUCCCGAUAUUUCGCCGAUUGCGAUGACUGUGGUGGAUACUACCUUUCGGAUUCCUCCGCGUGUCAACACUCCGGAGGCGAAGCUGGACAAACGCUUGACGGAUGAAGCCCGCCGUCAUCCGAUAAAAUCAUUCUUCAGUUCCACCAAACAGCCCGCUCCGGAUAAACGCAAACCGGUGUACGCAAUCGGAACACCGCUGGUAAAGCGCGAGCUGGAGCAUCGAUUGUCGGUGUCCAACAUCCUGCGCGAUCUCAACUUGGCCAAGUACAUCGGCAUCUUCAACGAUGAGGAAAUCGACUUCGAGGUGUUUCUCACUCUGUCGGAAAAGGAUCUGCACGAUAUUGGCAUCGAUUGCCAGCAGGACAUCGAGCUUAUUCUGGGCAAGGUGGCCGAGUACAAUAUGAACAGUGGAGGGAUUGAUUUUUAGUUAUUGACAUGAUUGAAAAUGUAGAUAUUUGUUUUUUUUUAAGUUGCCAUUCAGAAGUUAAAUUUAGAAGAUUGUGCAUCAUAGUCUAUUAAGUGUGUUAAUUUAUAACAAAUGAACAUCGAGCAUUGAAAAGGAUACUUUAAAGUACCGUACCGUAGGUGUAAUAAAUAAAACAAAUAAUAUACG